CAUAUAUAACCCGAUACUCUAGAGCUUACUUGGCGAUCUUUCUUUCCGCCUCACUCGCCUCAUCACAUCUCUUCGUUCAACUGUCUCAAGCCAACUUUUCAAAAUGCGUUUCUCUACCAUUGGUUUCCUCCUCGCCUCUGCGCUCGCCGUCAAGGGUGCUGCCUUCCCCGCCGAGGUCCAGGCUGACAUCUCUGCCCCCAUUAACCCGGAGGCUACCGCUGCCGACGUCGAGACCGUCACUUUCACCGGAAACAAGGUCGAUGGCGUCGUCGUCACCCGUUCCGUGGAGGCCGAAACCGAUGCUGCACUCGCUGAGCGCCAGAUCGGCAUCACCGCCAUCAUCACCGCCAUCGGCGGCGGCGUCAUGAGCGUCGCCACCGGUGUUGCCGUCAAUAUCGUCACUGAUAUCAUCCGGGCCUUCAUCGACUGGACCCUCGUCCGCGAGACCUUCACCAAGCAGACCACCGCCGAGAUGUGGAAGCGCAACCCCAACCCCAAGAAGUUCCACGCCGCCAUCUGCUAUAACAAGGGCUACCGCGUCAAGGACCCCAAGGGCAUCGACGGCAAGGCCAGCAUUACUCUGCGCUCCAAUGUUUUCCACGUCAGGUACGACUGCAUGUACAUGAACGGCCCCAACCAGUUCUGGACCGAUGCCGAGGGCGGUUUCAUCAACCUGUCGUACACUUACGACCGUAACCACUGCUCUUUUGACCAGAAGUCUGGUGAUCUCACCUGCUGGUGAUUGUCUGUCUUAUCUUAGUUAAAUUUAAUAAAAGUUGUUAGCUUAAAAGCUGUUUGUUUACGCUGGAGGGCCCCUAUCUUUUCAAUAUUGUCUAUUACAUAUGUGUUGAUCUCACAAGUUUACUCAAAUGAGCGUAACAAUAUGCAAAAUGUGUCUCUAUUCGUGGUGGUUAUGGUGUGUAGAGGAAAGCCUCCAACGCAAUAGGAAGCCUGCUAACGGCAGCCAUGAUAUGGGCCAGACCAACGGAGAUCAAUCUGCGUGAUGUAAGUGCUUCGCCAUCGGCCGUCCACUCUGUCCCAUCUGAAUACGACUGGGCAUCCAACAUAUGCUAUGUUUUCUUUUCUGUCCCGUGAAGUAUUGAAGAAGUACGCGCACAGUAACAGACUUCGGGGCAAAAUUUAAAACGGUUUAGAAUAUAACAAGCACUAUUAUAUCUAGGAAGCAGAGGAAUCAAGUACUGCAUGUUCUUGAACACGUUGACUGCGUCCCAUUGUCAGUUCAUCGUGACCCAUGAUGACUUGCCCCUUGCCCGUCCUCCUCGAACGAGGUACGUUCCUCAGACAGAAGCAUCUAGAUACCUACCUACCUGCCUAUCCUCUUCGUGGAAGGCACCAUGAUCCGUGACCCCGUGACUGUCUCUUUCCAUUUCAAAGGAUGCACUUUCCCGUGCAGUCCGACAAGCCUGCCCUCUUGUGAGGAAAGGGAGACAGGUGCAUGGCUAUGGCGACAUAUGGUGACAACAGCCUGAGGUAGCCAACGGCAAGCUAUUUAAACCCCUUGUCCCAUCCCAGACUCAUGUCCGGUUUUUUUUGCUCAUCAACACCAUCAUGUUCAGCACAACCCUCAUGUACAGCACCAUGCAGCGUUCUCCUCUUCAUCUCCCUCCUCUCCGUCUCCCUCCUCAUACCUCUCUCUCGAGACUCAGAAAGUUGACCUGCGAGGGUCGAUGAUCAUCACUGUCUCAAUGGCCCCAAUGCCUCAUUCCCUAUGAGUUUACCCUUUCAAUGGUUCUCUCGUACCCAAUGGGGCCAGAUCAAUACAGUUGCUUUGCAUCACGGGACCGACUAACUCCCAAUUGUGAUGCACCGGUAUCUGAGGAUGGGCCGUGAAGCCCCCACACGAUGAUUACCGAACAAACAAUGCCCCCAAGCGUUCUGGUAUACCAGAAUUGUAACAUUUUCUCCCAUCCCAUUGUCCAGAUGAUGCCUCGAGAAAAGUGAAACCCACCAGUUCCCAAUCUAGACCCCCGUGAGAAGUGUUCUCCCCCGCGCUCUUCCAGGCUCAGCCACUUCUGACAGCCAUGCAUUGAUCGUGGGGGACCAUGGUCUACUGUGUGAAAAGAGCUCAUCAUUGCCCGAGUGAAUAGCUUGGUACUGCUUGCUUGCAGACGCCCGAAUGGCGUGACCCAUAGCAUCCCAUGAACGCGAAUUGUCAGGCAAUCCCAGUCAUGAGCCAAGCCCG